CUUCAGCUAGAUCUACGCGGCCUCGAAGUCCUAACCAAACGAACUCUCUUUCUCAUUACAAAUACCAAACUCGCUCUUCGUUCUCUUCACAUAAACCUCAACUCUCCCUCUUUCCUCUCUAACUCAACUGAAAUGGCCGAGACCACAGUCUCCCCGAUUCCUCUGCUCAAAGAUGAGCUUGAUAUUGUAAUCCCAACUAUUAGAAACCUUGAUUUUUUGGAGAUGUGGAGGCCAUUUUUCCAGCAUUACCAUCUCAUCAUUGUUCAAGAUGGUGACCCGUCAAAGACAAUCAAGGUUCCUGAAGGUUUCGAUUAUGAGCUCUAUAACAGGAAUGAUAUUAAUCGGAUUUUGGGUCCCAAGGCUUCUUGUAUUUCCUUUAAGGAUUCUGCUUGUAGGUGCUUCGGCUACAUGGUCUCCAAGAAGAAGUAUAUCUACACCAUUGAUGAUGACUGCUUUGUUGCUAAAGAUCCUUCUGGCAAAGAUAUUAAUGCACUUGAGCAGCACAUACAGAACCUUUUGACUCCAUCCACCCCAUUUUUCUUCAACACUUUGUAUGACCCAUACCGAAAUGGUGCAGAUUUUGUCCGUGGUUAUCCGUUUAGCCUUCGUGAGGGUGUCCCUACAGCUGUAUCCCAUGGUCUCUGGCUCAACAUCCCUGACUAUGAUGCCCCAACCCAACUUGUCAAGCCUCUUGAGAGGAACACUAGGUAUGUGGAUGCUGUAAUGACAAUUCCAAAGGGAACUUUAUUCCCUAUGUGCGGAAUGAAUCUGGCAUUCAACCGUGAAUUGAUUGGUCCUGCAAUGUACUUCGGUCUCAUGGGUGAUGGUCAGCCGAUUGGUCGCUAUGAUGAUAUGUGGGCUGGCUGGUGCAUGAAGGUUAUAUGCGAUCAUUUGGGUUUAGGAGUCAAAACAGGAUUGCCUUACAUUUGGCACAGCAAAGCAAGCAACCCAUUUGUGAACCUUAAAAAGGAAUACAAAGGAAUCUACUGGCAGGAAGAGCUGAUUCCAUUUUUCCAAUCUGCUGUUCUUCCAAAGGACUGCACCAGUGUCCAGAAGUGCUAUCUUGAACUGUCCAAGCAAGUUAAGGCAAAACUGGGUAAAGUUGAUGAAUACUUUAUCAAGCUAGCAGAUGCCAUGGCCACAUGGAUUGAAGCAUGGGAAGAGCAGAACCCAUCGGGGACUUCUGCCGAAUUGCCUAAUGGUGCUGCAAAGUAGAAGAACUACUGAUUGGAAUCUGGGGAGCUAUCACGGCUAUCAAGCGGGAGAUGCUAUAAUCUCUUAGUCUGUCUUUAUUUAGGUAUUGUAAGUUAUUGAGCCAAUUUAUCUAAAGCUUCCUGCUUUGAAGCUUGGAUAGUUAUUUUUCAGGUGGAGGGUUUUAUUACUCUUGUUACUUUGAGUUUAGAACAAUGACAAAUUAUGCAUUUUGCAUUUGAUUAGAUUUGAUUGUUAGUUAUUAAUGAUUGAGUUGAUUGGUUUUGGAAA